AUGCUUACAGGCAAGGAAGAACAACCCUUAUUGCUUUUGAGAUCCAAUCGAGGAAAUCAAGAAAGCAAGGAAUUGCCAAAGUAUUUAAGGAGCACAUUCACUGAUACCUAUUAAUUGUCGGAACCGGCUAAAGAGAAAAAAGGCAAAAAGCUAUUGCCUCAAUAUGCUUUUGGGAACUCUCUGGAGUCUCCUACAUAUUUCAGGAGUGCAAAUACAUUGAUUUGUAGAGAAAGCUACGACAAUCCAUUUAUCAAGGGACAAUUGAAACCGAAAAGCAAAUGGGAUUCUCUUCGUAGCAAUACCUUGAACAAUUAUGAUUUCUAUAACAUUUCUGAAUAGAAAUUUAGCAAUUUGCCAUCUGAAGGCUAUCAAAAUGUAAAAUUAGUGAAUACAGUUACAAACCAGGUCAAUAUUGUGAAGACUCCCAAAGUCAAGAAUCAAGAUUAUACCUUCUAAUAAGCCUAUCGAACAUUGUAAAAUACAAGUCACUUUGGACAAUUGUUUACAGAUUUCAUUGAAAAAAAUGAUAAUUAAAAUGUAUAUGGCCAUUUAAAUGAUCGUUAAAGACCAAAAGGCCAUUUGAGAGAUGUAAAAAACUUUAGCAUGAAUCCUUAAGAAUAGAAACUACAACAUAAAUACACAUUUAAUUUCAACAUUGCAAGUCCUACUCAGAAAUCUCCCAGGAAGUAAUAGUUCCCUAGAGUGAUAAUGCCAGAUGAAUAGGUCGAGAAAUAUUUUAAAAGAGAUUAAAAUUUUCUAAAUGCUUUCGGUAAUUCAAUUAUUGCUACAUAAAUAGACAAUAAAAUGAAGCGAAAUAAACAAGAUAGAUAUAAUGCUGACCCUGUGGUUUAAGAUUAUUAAGAAAAUGAAAUCGGAUUGAUAGAAGUAUUCGAAAAACAUCUAGAAUUUGAAAAGCAAUAUGGAAAUUGA